AUGGCAUCCAUAACACGACCAGUCGUCGCCAUCGCCGGAGCCACCGGACAUCUAGGCAAGCACGUCACAACAGCCUUCCUCUCCCCUGGCUUCCAAGACAAAUUCUCCGAGAUAAUUAUCCUCUCAAGAAACGAGUCCUGUCUCUUCCAGCAAUCCUCCUUCCAAUCCGGUGUAAAGCUCACAACACGCCGCUACAACGAGACCAACCUCGAAGAAUCCCUUCAAGGCGUCCAAAUCCUCGUAAACACAAUUGGGCAUGCGGGCCACGACUUCAAAACAAAGAUCGCUGCCGCACUCCCCAGAACUAACAUCCGAGUCUACUUCCGCUCCGAAUUCGGUGUCGACCACUACGGCCAUGACUUCGCCCACCUAGAAUGGGGCGAAAAGAAGAAGCAUCUUGCGAAUGCGCAGCGAGUCGUCUCAUAUAUGAAGAUUUGUCGCGUAUUCUGCGGCCUGUUCCUAGAAGACAGUAUCGGGCCGUGGUUCGGUCUCGAUACUGAGAGCGGGAAGUAUACUAGUGUCGGGUCGUUCCGCACGCCGGUUUCUUUUACCUCGCUUGGGGAUGUCGGUAGGGCAGUUGCUUCAUUGGCGACUAUGCCGACAGAGAAUAUUCCUGAUGCUGUUCAUGUUGGCGGUGAUUCGCGCUCUGUUGAGGAGAUCGCGGGUAUCAUGGAGUCUACUGGUGCGGGACGCAAUGAUAUUGAAUGUCUCCCCUAUGAGAAAUAUAAGAAGGAGACUACUGCUGAGCCUUCGUGGGAUCCGGCGGCUUAUAUGUGGUUCUUGAUGGGUGAUGGGGGUAUUGCGCAUACUCCUGCUUUCUUGGGGAUGACAAUGAGCUUGUUAACCCUGGCCAGCGGCUGUGGAAGUGGAAGACAGUAG